ACAAUUUCUUCGAUGAAAACCAUUUCUUUAAGUAUUCAAUUUCAAAUUUACAAUUUUGACAAAAUUUGUGACACGCUACAAUAUAAAAGAUGCCCUUUGCAUUUGACAAGUCCUCGACAUGGCCAUCAAGGACUUCCCAACGUUGAAUGGGAGUUGGUGGUAUAUAAAGUAUUGAGCUCUAAUGAGGUUGGGAUUUGGCUUCGCCAAAUGGGGCCGAAAAGCUUAGAUGAUCUUGUAAAUACAAAAUAUCACAUUUAUGCAAUUAAAGGUAACGAACAGAUCGAUAUUGCCAGGUUUCUUAUUUUCUUCCUUAAAUCUUCAUUUUAUUUAAGGUCAAAAAAUGAACUUGAGAGCCAAGAAAUAUUGGGAUAUACUAAAAUUCUUUUGAGCAAAAUAAUCGACCAUGGAGCUAAUGUAGGCCUAUUGGAUUUAAACUGUGAUAUUGAGGCUGACUGUUACAAUCCUACUGAAAAUCUGAAAAAUAAAUAUCAAAAAAUGUUAGAAAAUGGAACAUUCUCUGAUUGUGUUAUUAAGGUUGGCGACGAGGUUAUAAAGGCACACCGUUGUGUUUUAGCAGAAAAUAGUCAAGUAUUCCGAACUAUGUUUGAACAAACUGGCAUGGUUGAAUCUCAAAAGGGGGAAGUCACAAUAACCGAUGCUUCUCCAGCCUGUGUUCGUGCAAUGUUGCAGUUUUUCUAUAGUGGCUGCCCUCCAUCUGCAGCAGAUGUUGAUGAAGUUUUUGUUAUUGCACACAAGUAUGAAAUUGAACCAUUAAAAUAUGAAUGCGAAAUUAUUAUAUCUUCCCAAAUUUCUGAAAAGAAUUUUCUUCAAUAUUGUGGGACUAUUUCUUUGUACGGAGCUCCAACUGUGGAAAAGGCUUGUAUAAAUUACAUUCGGAACAACAGGAAAAUUUUUCUGAGUAGCAAUGUGUGGGAAGAAGUGAAAAAUGCUUAUCCAAAAAUGGCCCUUCGAUUUUUGGAACUCGUAAUUGACGAUAUCGACAAGGAAUGAAAUUUUUUGUGAAUUU